UAUAAAAGUCAGCAUGGCGGGCUUGUCUGGCACACAGUCUGUCAGAGAGCGUGCAUGAGUUCGGGCCAACAUGACCCCCAGGUGGUGAACCCUGACGAGAGACCCCCCGUGCAGCGUCAUCUACAGGAUGAGUGACAGCUCCUGCGACUGAUCACCAGGAUGCCCAAGGGGCCGGCAGGCAGGACAUCCCUCUCCCAGCACGUGGUUCCGGUCACCCUCGCCUUCUCAUGGCUCCUGAUGCUCUUCCAAGCCGCCAUCGGGCAGAAACCAGCCAAGCUGCCCCUGAUCGGCCGCAAGCCCUUCAUAGCGGCGUGGAACGCCCCCCUCGACAUGUGCGCCAUCAAGUACAACGUCACGGCCAACCUGGACCACGUCUUUCACAUCCAUGGUAGCCCGCGCGCCGACUGGACGGGCCAGAACGUCACCAUCUUCUACGCCAACCGACUGGGCAACUACCCCCGCUACACGGCGCAGGGCGGUGCUGUGCACGGCGGCCUGCCGCAGAACUGCAGCCUGGACACGCACCUGUUCAAGGCCUACCAGGACAUCAAGCACUUCAUCCCCGCCGAGGACUUCCGCGGCCUGGCAGUCAUCGACUGGGAGUUCUGGCGGCCUCAGUGGAGCCGCAACUGGCACAAGAAGGACAUCUACCGGCGGAAAUCCCGCGAGCUGACCACUAAGGCGUACAUCAACGUGACGGAGGCGCAGGUGGAGGAGUUGGCGAGGCGCCGCUUCGAGAAGAGCGCCCGGGCGUUCAUGCAGAGGACCAUCCAGCUCGGGACGCUCCUGCGCCCCAACGGCCUCUGGGGGUUCUACCUCUACCCCGACUGCCACAACUACAACCUCCACGAGGACAACUACACGGGCCUGUGCCCCCUGCUGGAGAGCAUGAGGAACGACGAGCUGCGCUGGCUGUGGAACAGCAGCACCGCGCUCUUCCCCUCCGUCGCCAUCAGGAAGAGUCACACCAACAGCGUGGGCAACCUCCGCUUCUCCCGCCACAGGGUGACGGAGGCGCUGCGCGUGGCCUCGCUCACCUCCAAAGACUACGACCUGCCCGCGUACGUCUACCUGAGGCUGGGCUACCGCGAUGAGGCGCUCACCUUCCUCACCAAUAAAGACCUGGUCCACACCAUCGGGGAGAGUGCGGCACUCGGCGCCGCAGGCUUCGUCAUCUGGGGCGACCUGAACCUGACGUCGUCUCGGCACAACUGCAGCAAGGUGCGCUGGUUCGUCAGCCAGCGUCUGGGUCAGUACAUCACUAACGUCACCAGGGCAGCCGAGGCCUGCAGCGACUACCUCUGUCGGGCCAACGGCCGUUGCGUCCGCCGCGACCCGCGGGCCCGACACUACCUCCACCUGAGCGCCGACAGCUACCGCAUCCAGGCCUCGGGCGACGGGGACUUCGCCGUGAGCGGGUGGCACUCGCCGCAGGACCUGCGGCUCCUGGACGAGCGGUUCCGCUGCCACUGCUACGAGGGCCACCAGGGCGAGCGAUGCGACAGCAUCAACGAGCUCGGGGAGGACGACGGGCCGCGCGGCGGAGGUGGCGGCGGCGACGAGCAGGAGCGGCGGCGGACAGAGUGGGAGGACGAGCAAGGGGGGCGGGCGGAGGGAGGGCGGAGCGCAGCGCCACCAAGCUGCGGGAGUCGCUAUCUACUCUUAGUGGCGCUCCUUUUGAACCUGACUCUACUCACACUUGACCGCCUGUUUGCACCCAUGCUAACAUGCUAA